GGGAGGGAGGGGUGGGGGAGGAGGGAGUUGGAAAGCGAGGGGGGGCGCCGAGCCAACCGCCGGCGGAUCCCGCGGCUCCUCGGGGAGGGCGGGCGAGCGGGGGAGGGCGCGCCGAGGCUCGCUCGGGAGAAGUGGCCGCCGAUGACGGCAGAGGUGCAGCCAGCCCCGCGCACGCAGCCCCCUCCCCCGCGCCCUCCUCCCCCUCCUCCUCCUCCUCCUCCCCUUCCUCCUCCUCCUCCUCCUCCCGGCUCCUCGGCGGCGCAGAGCAGCGGCGGCAGCGGCGGCGGCGGCAGCAGGCACCCGAUGUCUUCGGCGCCCGAGAAGCAGCAGCCACCGCACGGCGGCGGCGGCGGCGGCGGCGGCGGCGGCGCGGCCAUGGACCCCGCGUCCUCCGGCGCGUCCAAGGCCAAGAAGACGAACGCGGGCAUCCGGCGGCCGGAGAAGCCGCCCUACUCGUACAUCGCGCUCAUCGUCAUGGCCAUCCAGAGCUCGCCCACCAAGCGCCUGACGCUCAGCGAGAUCUACCAGUUCCUGCAGGCGCGCUUCCCCUUCUUCCGCGGAGCCUACCAGGGCUGGAAGAACUCGGUGCGCCACAACCUCUCGCUCAACGAGUGCUUCAUCAAGCUGCCCAAGGGCCUCGGGCGGCCCGGCAAGGGCCACUACUGGACCAUCGACCCGGCCAGCGAGUUCAUGUUCGAGGAGGGCUCCUUUCGGCGGCGGCCGCGGGGCUUCCGAAGGAAGUGCCAGGCGCUCAAGCCCAUGUACAGCAUGGUGAACGGGCUGAGCUUCAACCACCUCCCGGACACCUACGGCUUCCAGGGCUCGGCCGGCGGCCUCUCCUGCGCGCCCAACAGCCUGGCGCUGGAGGGCGGUCUGGGCGUGAUGAAUGGCCACUUGCCGGGCAACGUGGACGGCAUGGCCCUGCCCAGCCACUCGGUGCCCCACUUGCCGGCCAACGGCGGCCACUCGUACAUGGGCAGCUGUGGCGGCACGGCGGCCGGCGAGUACCCGCACCACGAUGGCUCCGUGCCGGCCUCGCCGCUGCUGCCGGCCGCAGCCGCCGCCGCCAGCGGGGUCAUGGAGCCCCACGCCGUCUACUCGGGCUCCGCGGCCGCCUGGCCGCCCUCGGCCUCCGCGGCGCUCAACAGUGGCGCCUCUUACAUCAAGCAGCAGCCCCUGUCCCCCUGCAACCCCGCGGCCAACCCCCUGUCCGGCAGCCUCUCCACGCACUCCCUGGACCAGCCGUACCUGCACCAGAACAGCCACAACGCGCCGGCCGAACUGCAAGGCAUCCCGCGGUAUCACUCGCAGUCGCCCAGCAUGUGCGACCGCAAGGAGUUCGUGUUCUCCUUCAACGCCAUGGCGUCCUCGUCCAUGCACUCGGCGGGCGGGGGCUCCUACUACCACCAGCAAGUCACCUACCAAGACAUCAAGCCGUGCGUGAUGUGAGGCCGCGGCGCGCGGCAGCGCCAGGCACGGCUCCACUCUCGAGGUAUAACCGACGGCAGGAGGGGAGGGCUCGGCGCCGGCUCCCCUCGCCCCAGCGCCCGCCGUGCAGCUCCGGCGACGCCGACGGCCGCUUCCGCCGAGGCCGCUCCGGACAAGUGACACCCGCGGCUUCCAAGAACUCGCGCCCUGGGCCGCGUAUUUAUCUUUUCAUUUUUUACCGUUUGGAGAGGAUGCCUGGGAGCGCGCCAGGCGGCCCGCAGCGUCUUCUCGUGCGGGGAGGAGCGCGCGGCCCCGGGGCGCGCGCCACGGAGGAGACCUCCUCGGCCCGCCGCAGGUGGACCCCGCGGCCCACAGCCUGCGUGUCCGAAGCCGCGCGCUGUCGGGCUGCCGGGCCUGCGCCCCCGCCGGGCUCCCCUCGGCGCGGCUCUGCGGGCGGCCGGCGUCGGCGCGGGGGCACCGCGCUAGGGCGACCGCAGCGAGGCGCGUCCUCUUAUUUAUUCUCCGUCCUCGGCCCAGCACCGCCAGCCCGCAGACGCCCCUCCGUUGAUCAGUGUUAAUGGUGUACUUUGUUGGCAAUAUUUGCCGUGUAGAAUUUUUUUAGAGACCCAUUGUAAAUUUGAAACAAAGACCCAUCUGUGUAAAAACAAAUUUCCAUAUGUUUUAUAUAAAUAUAUAUAUGUAAUAUGAAGGACUGCCCCCUUUUCUAGUACCUGGCUGCUGGCGAGCAGCGUUUGCCACACGUAUUUUAAAUUUCCUUCUGCACUGUAUAAAGUUACAAUUUGACGA